AAGGUCUCUAAGGUUUUUCCAAAGUUUCUCGUCUCUGCUGUGGAACGCCUGCACCGGCAGCAGGGUGUGGGGUGAGCUGUCGGGGCUUUGUGACGCAGGGCUGCCUUGUGCCCGGAGACCACUGUGACACGGCAGCCAGCCCCUCUGGCCAUGGGGGGAUUGCGGGAGCCCUGGGGUACCCAGUGCCAGGAGAGCAGCUCCCACAGGAGGCAGCAUCUCCCCUGGGUGCUUUGGCACGUCUCUGCCAGAGAAUACCAAAGACAGAGAUGGAGAACCUUGCCAAGAAUGCAAAUUCUCAGCUCCGCGAGGAGAACUUGGAGACAGGGCGCCAAGCGGGCAACACCCAGCCCCACGCAGCGCCUCCAGAGAGCCUGGGCCGGGCCUCGUCCCUCCAUGGCGACGGCCUGCCAGCGCUCCCCGGCCAACAGAGCUUGCAGGGCACCAGCAGCCGCCCAGCCAUUGUGCCAAGCAAGAUGGAGCCUGCGCAGGGGCUGGAGACCAGCUGCCAGGCCCACCCCAAGCUCAGGGCUUCUUGGAGCAAAGCCACCCUGCCAUGGCAGCAGCACUGCCUGGAGGAGGAGGAGCUCCCAGAGCAGACGGGCCAUGACCAUCUGGCCUCCCUGCCAUGGCAUGAUGGCAGAGCCGGGCAGGCAAACCCAGAACUGACAGGCCUGGAGGGACUGGAGGCCAUCUCCAGCCAGCAGAAGGUGCUGGAGUGGCUCGAAGCCUAUUUCGGCGCAACCACUACCUAUGCACUGGCCGCUCUGCCCUGGCAAGAGUCCUGGGUGCCGGCGCUGCAGGCAGGACCUCGCCUUUUGCCCGAACAGCCCCUUGGCCACACAUCUCCUUCUGCCACGGCUGCUCACAGCCUGGCGCGACGCCAGCCGUGCUCCCUGUUGGGCAGGCUGCUCGGGGCUGCGCGCAGGCUGUUCUUUGGCAGCCGUGUCCCACCAGAGCGGGAACAGCAGCGCCGGGCUCACAGUGACCCUGCUGAGCCUCAGCAGCGGCCGGCCGAGAGCGCGGUACAGGGAGGCCCCCCGGCCGUGGCUGCAGGGACAGCGCCUCAGCCAUUCGCCUGCCCCAGGCGCACCCUGCCCGACUGGGCUCACCCGCUCAUUCCUGUGACCAGCCUAUGA